AUGAACAGAAUAUUUAACCUAUCGCUUCUUGAUAAAACAAAAAAUAAAUAUCCAUAUGGUAACGGAAAAUCGUUUCCUUCUCAAGUGGAAUCCAAUGAUCAACUUUUAAGUAAAUUACAAGAUUUAAUAGCGUUGACCCCGCUGAAUAAUGAGGCCUUUGGGUCAUUCGUGGACAUUUUGGUUAAAAGAUUUAACUGGAGGACGGCACAGCCAGAAGAGAUAGACAAAUGCAAGAACAUAGUGCUGGACCUGAUCUCAAUAGACGGAGGGAGCGUGAACGGGCUGGUGAGGAGUUUCAUAUCGCACUUCAGAUCCUCGGACGAGGAGCACCAGAAGGUGGACAUCGGCUCGAGGAUCUUCGACAGCGUGCUCCUGCUGAAGAAGCACAUCAGAAACAUACUGACGACCAGCGCAGACGACGUGGAGCUUGAAGGAGAGGACUACGAGCUGCUGUACGAACUGCUGGGAAACCACUCGAGCAGAAAGGUGAAGAGCAACGUGGUGGCAAUAUUCCCGUCGACGCACAGGAACCCGAGGUUCAACGGCCUGCGCUGCUUCUUCUACAGAAACAGAGACGGCACAGUGGACUUCUUCAGCUACGCAAGGUGCUGCGACAACGUUAAGACGAGAGGACAGGUGCUGAGAGAACACCUGUGCGACAUGCUGGUGGAGAUAUACAGGCUUGCGCCGAGCGUGCUGGGCACAAUCACGGAGACGCUGGACAGCAUGUACCCUCACCACAAUGUGCAGAUAGAACAUCACAUCUCCUUCACGAAGGCAAUACUGUACAUCUCGAGAAGAAUCGAGUGCUCGAGAAGUGUGCUGUACAAGAUCCUGAUCAAUAAGCUGACGAUCAUAGACUCGGAGAUUAAGCUGGCUGACCCGAACGUGGUCGACGUGGAGAAGGUGGAAAACCUGAGGUCGGAGAAGCUGAAGGAGCUGGCGAACCAGCUGAUCAAGGGCGAAAAGGGCGUGGAGGAGUCGAAGGUGAAGCUGGAAAACCCGGACUGGUUCAAGAGCAUGUACGAGAAGCUGCUGACGGAGGAGGACACGGACGACAUGUCGCAGAAACUCGACUUCCUCAUGGGAAUCAUGCUCGAGGAGCUGGAGAGCGUGCUCAGGAGCAACAUGAACGUGCCGUACACGCCGAGGAGCGUGGACACGCACUACACGUCGGAGAGCGAGGGUGAGGAGCUGGCGACGCCAGUGGCGAAGCACGACCAGAGUUCGCACCACUCGACGGAGUCAACCUACUCGAAGUCGAACGUCGAGGACGUGUACGCUACGAGCACGACGGUGAGCUCGAGCGGAAUAGACUCCUCGGACCUGAAGGCGACGUACAAGGUGAAGCUUGAGAACGGAGUAAAGUACAAGUACUCACCUCUAAAGGAGGUAGACGAGCACAGCAAAAUGGCCGAUGUGGAGACUGGAUACACUAAUGCCACUCGAAUGGACCACGAUUAUGGUAACGUGAGCACAUUGCAAGACGGUUUCACUAAUGGGACUAAAACAAAAGACGGUUAUGGCACAGUUACCAGACUGCAAGAUGGUUAUUCUAAAGUGAUCUCUUCGCAAGACGGCUAUGUCAAACUAGGGAGAACGGAUCGUUGCACUAUUGACUCUACUGCACAAGACUCGUACAGCUGCAAGUUGGGGAGAAUGGAUGAAGACUACAGCAAAGUGAGCUCGAUAGGAGGGUACACAGUGGCAGACAUGAUAGUGAUGGACCUGUUCGACACGUUCGACCAGAUAAUACUGCCGACGUACAACUGCAAGUACGUGCAGUUCAUAUACUUCUUCGUGCUCUCGAUCAACCACAAGUGGGCGAGAAUGUUCAUACAGAGACUGUUCUCAAUAGUAUACAGUAACGCGCAGCACGCAAUCAGGAGGAGAGCAGCUGCCUCGUACAUCUCGUCGCUGAUAUGCAGAUCCAACUACGUGCUGCCGCAGUACGUGUGCGGAAGCCUGAACCACCUGUUCGGGCUCCUCUCGUACUUUGACGAACAGACGAGCGGCAGCGGCCACAGUCAGUCUUUAGGAGCAAAGGGAGCCACGUUGACGAUGAAGGCAGGGAGCCGAAGAGGUAAUAUGCACUGCUUCUCGCUGGCCUCAGCGAAACUGAGUCUAUUCUACUCGAUUCUGCAGGACAUACUGUACAUCAUCUGCUACAGAACGGACCUGAUAUCAGCGUCGCCGUCUCUGGUGGCCUUCAUCAAGGACACCCGCAGAGGACUGCUGGCGUACCUGGACUCGUACCUGAGGCCUCUCAACUACUGCAAGCACUCAGUGAUCACGGAGGCAAUCAGGUCAACAGCGCACUUCGAAAACCUGAAGGAGUUCCACGCAUACCUGGAGGCGGCGGAGAGUGAGCUGGCGAGCUCGAGAAGGAGCUCGGAGGACUACAGGUGGUCGCUCUACAGCCCAAUCGACUCAUUCUUCCCCUUCGACCCGUACCUCCUGCACCACUCGCGCUACUACAUAAGGGACAAGUACAGGUCGGAGACGACGGCGCAGCAGAUGGAGUGCACGAAGCAGAACCACACGACCUGCAAACUCAUCAUCAACGAGCUCGUGGAGGCAAUCAAGAACGAAAAGGAGCUGGUCGACAAGGACCUGGAGGACGUGACGAAGCUCGUCCACGACUCGCUGGGCUUCUCGUCAAUCUCAAGGUCGAUAAAGGCGAAGCUGGACAGCUACAAGAGGAAGGACGGGAGCGAGUACGUGCAAAUAGAGGCUGACUACGACUUCUGGGGCUACGAGGCGACCAUCGAGGAGCUCGAGCAGUACAGCCAGCCGCAGCAGCAGGAGCUGCAGAGCACGGAGGAGCACAUAAUCGUGGGAAUCGACCAAAUAGGGGACCUAGAGUUGUCGCUAUGUGAUUCAGUGCUAUUGAACGACGUCGGAGAAAGGAAGCACGGCCUUCUGGACCUGCUGACAUCGUCAAGGGCAUACAAGUCAGCAGCGCGUAACUCCAAGAGAGCGAGGGACGCAAUCGUGUAA